AUGAAGAGACAUCUUCUGACACUGUUAUUCUUCUUUCUCCUUCUUGACUCAUCUUUUUCAAUAUCGCUGGGACCUGUAGCUAAAAUAAUCUUAAGGAACCCCGCCAUCAAGAGAUUAUACAAGCGUCAGCUUCCGAAAAAGGCACUCCAUACCGGAUUCGACUAUUUGAAAAACCAGAGCACCCCUCCACCACCGCCAGGUGCGCCGGAGGAGAAAAUCCAAGGCCUCCAUUUGGUGAAACAAUAUCUCAACGAUUACGGUUACAUCCAAGACUCCGACAAUUACACAGAUCUAAUGGACCAGGACACCGUUUCUGCCAUCAAAACCUAUCAAACCUUCUUCAAUCUCAACGUCACCGGAUACCUCGAUGACGAGACUCUUCAGCAGCUUUCGCUGUUUCGAUGUGCUGUCCCGGACGUUAACUUCAACUACUCUCUCUCCCCUACCAACAACGUGUCGUGGCCUAAAGGGAAAAACUGGUUCUCUAACCGCACCAAUCUCACCUACGGCUUUCUCCCGCAGAGCGAUAUCCCAGAGAACUUCACCGCGGUGUUUAAAGACUCAUUCAAGCGGUGGUCAGACAUUCUUAGUGGCUUUAGGGACAUUGCUGCUGUUGCUGUUACAAUGCAGGAAUUUAAGGGAUGGCCAAAGAAGAAUGCGAGUGUACCGCUUGACAUAGGCGACACAUCAUUGUGUAUCACCGCUAUUAUCACUACUACUCCUCUUGUCAUUUCUACUCCACCACCCCUUUCACCCAAGUCCCAAGCUGCAGAGGAUGGGUUGCCACAACUUACUAUGAUCCCGACACCUAGGACUAGUAGCUAG